UGAUCGGGUAAUGGAGGGGGAGGAGGGGGGGUCCACGGUGGGUGACAGCGACCGUGUCAGGUGGUCGUUACAGACCUUGGUCCUAUAAAAGCAGCGCUGGUCACAGAGCAGCUCAGACUUUCUCAGGUGCGCCUUGCUGACAGAGAUGCGCGUCAUGGAGCGCACUUUCCGGGAGCAGCUCUUCUUUCUGGUGUUGUGUCUGUCUGUCCUCAAGGGAGACUCCAGAUAUAUUGAGAACAACGAGAUCUCAAAAGAUGACUUAUAUUCAUUUUUCAACUCGGAACCUAAGAGAGAAAUACCAGAGGAAUUAAUGUACCGCCGACCUUUACGUUGUCUGGACAUGGUUGCAGUAGAGGGUCAGUUCACCUUCACAGCGGAGCAUCCUCAGCUCAGCUGUGCCGCUUUCUUUAUAGCAGAGCCCAAUGAAGUGAUCAGUGUGGAUUAUGACAGUGUUGACAUCGACUGCAGGGGAGGGGACUUCAUCACGGUGUUUGACGGCUGGGUGAUGAAAGGAGAGAAGUUCCCCAGCUCCCAGGAUCACCCGCUGCCUGUGUACGAGCGCUAUGUGGAUUACUGUGACUCAGGAUCUCUGAGGAGAAGCGUGCGCUCCUCUCAGAACGUGGCCAUGGUCUUCUUCCGCAUUCACAACGCCGGCAGCGGCUUCACGCUGACAGUCAGGAAACUCAUCAACCCUUUCCCCUGUAAUGUCAUCUCUCAGUCACCAGAGGGCAGUUACACAGUGGUGAUCCCCCAGCAGCACAGAAACUGCAGCUUCUCCAUCAUAUAUCCAGUGGAGAUCGACAUCUCAGAGUUCAGCUUGGGACACCACAACAACUUUCCCAAGAGGUCCAUGCCUGGAUGUGCAGAAUCAGGAGAUUUUGUGCAGUUGCUGGGAGGAAAUGGCAUCGACACGUCCAAGCUGCUGCCCAUCACAGACCUCUGCAUCUCCUUCACUGGACCUACCCACAUGAAGAUCGGCUGUGAUAACACAGUGGUGAGGAUGGUCUCCAGCGGGAAGUUUGUCAACCGAGUGUCUUUCAGCUACAGGCUACUGGACAGCCAGGAACUUCAGACCAUCAAACUCAACAAUGUGGAAGAUUUCUGUUUCAGUAACUGAUCACAUCAGGAUAAUAAUGGGACAAAUGUCAUCAUUUGACUGCAAACAUUUUAAAAAAUUUAUUUUAUUAAAAACAACAAAGAUCCACCUCAGUCAGUCCCUCUGAUUAGGCGAAAUGUCUUAAAUCCAAAGACAUAACCAUAAAAAUGAAUGAAAAAUAAGGCACAUACCGUCACAGAGAUACUUACGAUAUUCAACUCAAAAUUCACUGGAUUUCAAUUUGUCUUUUUCUUUUUUUCAUCUUAAUUAAUUCUUUUUGUUGCUUAAUAAAGCUUCAUGAAGUGUCCUUUUGUGUUUGGUGGAACUGCUAUUGUUUUUAUUUUUGCUUUGUGUAAAGGUGUAUAUUUAUUAAGAUGGGACACAGUCAUUGCGUUAUAUAUGGGUUCAUGGUCAGCAUUCUUGAAAAGGAAUGGUGCUAAAAUGAAUGUUACUCUAUUUAUUUUGCUGAAUGAUACAAGUACUGAGUCAUUUCCUGCCACAUGAGGGCAGCAGGUAAAGAGUUCAAAGUAUUCA